GCUAUACGUAGUGACCGUAUUAACAGGUAGUUAAUUUUUUUUUUCAAUAGACGAUAUUUCAGUUAUUUCACCCAUUUAAGUUACAGAAAUAAUGGUGACAUAUUUGCAAUACGGCAUGACCAUUUUCGCCACGUCCCACAUAUUGUCCCUACUGGAAUGGAUAAGAAAAUCGGACCUCAUCUUGGAAAGAAUUGGAUACAGAUUCAAGUACAAGGCAGGAUUCAUUAUCAAUUUUACGGUCAUCAGUUUCGGCAUGUAUUUCAUAGGGUUCAAUAUAGGUUUGGAAAUUUGGAACUCUCCAAGAGAAAAUGUAGGAACUUCCUCGGUUUUCGAGUCCAUUGUUAUAGGGUGGCCCCAGUUUCUGAUCCAUUUGGUCGAGAGUAUGUUCAUAUUAUCGAAUUUAUUGUUAUACACCAGGUUUUUCGCCAUCAACUUGAUAAUGGAGACUCUGUUUGUUAGCAAUGGAGGCAGAGAGUAUCUAAGAGAACCACCGAGUGACAACGAAACCAGUGGCGGCCAUUGUGUGGUUAUUGUGGGCGGCACUAAGAAUGUUCGAACUUAUCAGAAAGGCUUUCAUGGAUCAAGACAAUUAAUAAAUUUCAUAAUUCUUUUUCGAGUUUCUGUUUCAGCUCUUUCUACAAUACAGAAAUAUCCUAAAAGGAUAACAAACAAAAUCGAACUUUUUUUUCAAAUUUAUUUUUAUCUGAAUAAGGCGGGAGAUAAACUGAAGGAAAUUAAUCAAAUGAGAUUUUUAGCCCUCUUUGCCGGCCUGUUUCUGAUAAACAUAUGUACACUAUUCAAUGCCUAUUACGAAUAUUACAUCAAGGAAGAUAUUUAUUCCGCUAUCAAUUGGUUUCAAUGGACUUCUUUGGUAUGGAUUGGAUUCGCUUUAUUGUGCUUCACUUGUCAUUUAACUGUCAAUGAGGCUAGGAGAACAGGAAUACUGCUUCACAAAUUACUCUUGGAGGAUUUGAAUCCGGAAUUAUCAGAAAAAAUGUUGCUCUUUUCCAAUCACAUAUCGAAUACAAAGUUAGAAUAUAAUGCUUGUGGAUUCUUUUCUAUUGAUGGCACAUUAUUCUAUAUGUUAGUUGGUGCAACAUUCAAUUAUAUGAUAAUAAUGCUUCAGUUCGAGGAAGGAAAUAAUGAGGUUUGCUGAUAAUAUUCUAAAUGAAUGAUUUGAUUGAUGUGAAUUUCUAAC